AUUUGAAGCUCUUGACUCGGCUGCUGUUGCCCCAUCCGAUCUCACGCCAGCCCUAGUCAAUUCUCGUCUAAGCAAUUAACAAAUAUUACGAUUACCCGGUUCAAUGUCGCCUGCACGAUAUGAGUAAGUGUUAAUCCGCCUUGGAAGUUGAGCGAGAAGACAUCGAUAUCGUUUUGCAGCAUGAUGAACACGUCCAAAUGGCAGGGCUACUACCUCCAACUUGAAAGGACAGCUAUUCCAGCCAGUAACGGUGUCUUCGCAGAAGGGUAGGCAUAUCAAUUACCAUUCAGUUCCUCAGAGUCACAAGACCGUGACUUGUCAGGUCACAUCGGCAGUAUUUAAGCGAAGACCAAGUUCAUGACCUCUUCAAGCACGUCCCACCAGCUGCACCGCUCGCAAAGAUAUCUGAAACAUUCCAGUCAUCCGAGUAUAUAUGUACACGUCCAGUUCGGCAUCUCAGUGGGGUUCCCCUACCGCUUCCAGGCGGGCUCUGCUCAUUCAUGGUUUGACUAUGUCCUCACAAUCAUGGGAGGGCAUUGCUCAGCUGUUAGCAACAGAAGGGUUCUUUGUUGUCGCGCCGAAUCUCCUUGGGCACGCAUGGAGACGAGGCACCGACUAUCGUGUUUCCACCCUUGCUGAGGACCUCCGACCGUAUUUUGUCAUGGACACGUCCUACGACGUGAUUAUAGGUCAUUCUCUUGGGGGCGCGGUGACCUUAUCGCUCUUGCCACUCCUGUCCAACACAAAAGAAACAACUGUUAUACUCCUCGAUCCCGCCCUCGAGCUCACAAAGGAGAUAGCUGACAAGUGUGAAAACUGGUUUCUGAAGGAGAUUGCGAAUCUCAGAACCGCUGACGACCACAUGGCUGAGAACCCUGCUUGGUCUCGAGGUGACAGUAUGUUAAGAGCGCUGGGAAUCUCCAUGUGUGAUGAUACUGUUGUCAAGAGGAUAUUUGAGCAUAACAGGCCAUGGUCUUUUAGUGGCCUGUUCAAAAACAUUUCACCCCAAGUGAAUAUCACUGUGCUGGCAUCAGAUCCGGCGCUCGGCGCUAUUUGUCAUUUGGAGCACGUCCCGUGUGACGUGACGAGAUUGCGUGCCAAAGUUUUUAUCGGAAUUGGUCACUGGAUUCAAUAUGAGAGACUUUACGGAUGGGCCGGACCUGCCAUAUGUGCAAACUCACCGUUUCAAUGUGUGCACAUGACCAUUUCAGCGUCUCAGUGGGGUUCGCCUACCGCUUCUAGGCGGGCUCUUCUCAUUCAUGGCCUGACCAUGUCCUCGCAAUCAUGGGAGGGGAUCGCUCAGCUAUUGGUAGCAGAUGGAUUUUUCGUCGUUGCUCCGAAUCUCCUCGGGCAUGCAUGGAGACAGGGCACCGACUAUCGUAUUUCUAACAUUGCAGAGGACCUCCGACCGUAUUUCGCCAUGGGCACAUCUUACGACGUAAUCAUCGGUCAUUCUCUUGGAGGCCCAGUGGCCUUGUCGCUCUUGCCAUUCUUGCCCAAGACGCAAGAGACCACUGUCAUACUCCUCGAUCCUGCCAUCGAGAUGACAGAGGAGAAAAUAAAAAUCAACACACAAUUAGUUUUAAACGAGAUGGCAAGAAUCAGAACUCCCGAAGAGCAUAUGGCUGAAAAUCCUACUUGGUCACGACGUGACUGCAUAUUAAGAGUGCUGGGAAUGGCCAUGUACGAUCGCGCUGCUAUCGAGAUACUUCGGCAAAACACGCCGUGGACUUUCACUGGAUUGCUCAAGAACAUUCCACCCAACGUUAAGAUCACCGUACUGGCAUCAGAUCCAAAAUUCAACCAUGUUUUGGAUUACGUCCCUCUUGACGGGGAGAACUUGAGUUCCAAAGUUCUCACAGGAAUUGGUCACUGGAUUCAAUACGAGCUUCCGCGUGCUAUCAUGGAUGAAAUUCCCUUACCGAGAGCAAAACUGUGA